AUGUGCUCCUCAUCUGUCGUAUUUUUCGGUGACAAUUUCGAUCACAACCAGUGGAACGGCAAAUGCGAGGACACUUGUCAUAUUGGUUAUUCUAGCAAAUCAGAGCAAUUUGAAUCUCAAUUGGAGGCCAUGAAUAGUGGUGAAUUGUCUUCAGUCGGAGAUUUAGAGUUACAAUUAAGUGCUUGCAAUCGAAUUGUUUCUCUGUUAUGUAAUCGUCUUUCAACAGGUUAUUUUCAACAAGUACAAUUAUUAAAUAAUUUGAACCAGUGUGGUGAUUCACUUUCUGUUACUUUAUCAACUUUAUUAAAGCAUGAUUACUUCGUCAAUCUGAACCAAAGUAGAGUAAAAGGAGCUGAAGAGGAAGCGAUUAUGGCUAUGGAUCAGUUGAAAGCAAAACGUGCAAAUUUAAAAGCAACUAUUGAAGGAUUAGAUGAACAGGUCGCGUUACCUGAAAACUCUUUGUAUGAGCGUACACAGGAACUUCAUAAAUGUCAAACACUUCUUGUAAAAUAUUGCCCAACAUAUCAAAAGCCUGUGACACCAUAUUUUGUUGGACCUGAAGUACCGACAUCGGAAUUAUCUAUUAAAAUACAUGAGCCAAAUAAUAAUUAUACAAGCGAACCAGCAGUUUUUAAUUUGAGAGAUCUUCAGUCGUUUGAACCUAAAGAAUCAUUUCUACGUUCUCCUUCCAUCAAAUUCAAAUUCUUAUAUCAAUUAAGAAAUGGUGAAAAUUUGUGA